CUCUCUGUCUUCUACAUCCCCGCCCGCGAUCUCUCACUCUCUCUCUCUCUCUGAACUUUCUCACACUUUCUUGAACAUUUUUCUCCGGCUCCAAACGGCGCUAAAAGAAUGGUUAGGGACGACCUGUACAUCACGGUGCCCACCUUGUUCCGGUGCCCGAUCUCGCUCGACGUGAUGAAGUCCCCUGUGAGCCUGUGCACAGGAGUGACCUACGACCGCUCCAGCAUCCAACGUUGGCUGGACAACGGCAACAACACCUGCCCUGCCACGAUGCAAGUCCUCCAAAGCAAAGAGUUCGUCCCCAACCGCACCCUCCAGCACCUUAUCCAGAACUGGUCCGACUCGGCCCACUCGCCGGUCGAAUCACCUCCCUCUCUGGACCAAUUACAGGACCUAAUGAAGGACCUCCGGACCAAAACUGAGAACAGCAAUAACAACAGCCGCACCUUGGAUUCUUUAACGAAAAUUGUUCGUUUCGCGAAGGAAUCAGAGGAAAACCGCAAUUUUCUCGCGAAAAUGGACGGCUUCAUUGUGACGCUCCUUGAAUUCCUUGGCAAUGCCGGUGGCAGAGAAUGUAGAAAGUUCGAUUUUCUUGAAGAAGUGGUCGGGCUUUUGGAUUUGGUACUGAGCAAAUUCGAAGACCACCAGCAGCUAACGAAGACGAUGUUGAAAAGCGACCGCGAUUGCUUGGCUUCCCUGUUGCUCGUUCUGCAACAUGGAAGAACCGAUUCCAGAAUCGCGUCGGCUAGGGUUUUAGAAACCAUCGCAAACGACGCCGAAUCAAAACUCCUGAUCGCCGAGAAGGACGGAUUAUUAUCCGAGACGCUAAAAUUAAUCACUCCCGAGAACGAUCCGGCACUAAUUGAAGCCGGGUUAUCGUGCUUGGUCCAAAUAUCAAUGCCGAAACGUGUGAAAGCGGAAUUAGUGCACCUCGGCACAAUUAAAACGUUGGUUAAGUUGGUAUCCGAUUCGAAUUCGAGCGUGACGGUGACGGAAAAGGCGUUGAAGAUGCUCGAAACGUUGUCUUCCUGCAAAGAGGGGCAGUGGGAGAUAUGUGAGAACGGGGGGUGCGUGGCGGCGAUACUGCAGAGGGUGCUGAAGGUAUCGAGUUCGGCGACGGAGCACGCGGUGACGAUACUGUGGAGCGUGUGCUAUCUUUUUCGGGACGAACGGGCACAGGAGGAGGUGGCGCGGGCAAAUGGGCUGACCAAGAUUCUGCUGCUGAUGCAGAGCAAUUGCUCGCCGUCGGUUCGUCAAAUGUCGGCCGAUUUGCUCAAGAUAUUUCGGGUGAACUCCAAGUCCUGUCUCUCCAGUUACGAUACCAAGACCACUCAUAUAAUGCCAUUCUGAUUUUCCAUCUGGAGGCCCUUUUUUUUUAUGUAAUUUCUCUUUAAUUCUGUUUCCAAAGGAUGGAGAAAUCUGUAAAUCAAAGGAAAAUUUUUGGUUUUAGUUGGAUACAAAAAAAGGAAUUAAUUGGAAUUCAAUU